GAAUAUUUUUACAAACACAUUCGCUCUCACUUUCUUUCUGGAAGAGAAUUUGUUACUCCAAUCGCCACCAGCAUCAUAAAAUACAGUUACUCUCUUUCCAAGAUAACUAAGCUUGAAGAUAAAUCGGCUGCGCUGUUGAUUAUCUCUCCUUAUCCCGCAAGAUAUCCAUACCAGAGGUGUAGCUCAAAAUAUUUUCUCUCUUCCUCCAUCUCUACUAUCCCCCUCUAUAACCCUAAACCUCACAACAAUAUUUUACCAGAAGAAGAGGAACUUCAUCGACAUCAGAUUAGACAUCAAAUUAACUUCAUUAAACCUCAACAAGUUCAGCCUGUCCUGACAAUCAUUCCUUCUCGGCAGAGCUCAAUUUCUCAUAACACAUUUUCGAACAUACUUCACAACACAUUCUAUAUAUUUGAAGCCACACUUUUCCCAAGUUACAACAACACAUCACAUUUUAUUGAUCUAUUCAAUUAUUCAAUAUCUUUCUCGUCAAUAUAUCAACGAUAUUGAAGAUGGCGCCAAUUGUAGUGUUGACACCGCCUAAUAGCACCGAAACCAAGGCGAGCAACCUCGUGCCGGUGGCUCAUAACAUGAAUGAGUCCAGUGCGAGAGAUUCUCAAGAGUCAGGACAGAACUUAGAAUUCAGUUGCAAUAUCAACCUUGACAACAUCUCCCCGGUUGAGAACUGGAACGCAAAAAAGCGGAAACGCCAAGAUCUAGCAUGGAGCCACCGUAAAGCGAAUGUUCCAACAAAUGGGUAUGGAUUGACAAAGGAAGAAAUGAAAACAUACAGAGAGAGUUCGGACAAAUUUGAGAAUAUUCUGGCGGCCCACGCUGCUUCAGGUGUUAUUCCCUACGUAGUAGACUUUAAGAUAUCGCUUCAAGACUACACAAGAUUGCUCAGCGCUCGCGAUUCCAUCCGCGGAAAACUGCCAAUCGGCGACUCUCUUUUGGCUUCCCUCGAGUUUCUCGAGCGUUGGAUUCGUCUAACACCACCUGUCUUCACCAAACCACAGGAGGAUACAACGGCUGAUAAGUGGAUUGAUAAUAUGAAGGAACAAAACUUUAGGUUGAGAGAGAGCACGCAGUGGGGACCGCUCUUCAAAUUGUACGAACAAUGGAUCAUAGACGAGAAUGACUUCUACGCGCCCCGACAUGACUCACUUGACAGUCUUGAUUAUGAUUCUGAAUAGGAAUUCUGUAUCAUCCUUCGCAGCUUGGCUUUUACCAACGGAUUAAUCAUACAUAGCGGUAAUGAAUCCUACACACGAGAUGCCUGGUUAGAAACAGACAAGAGUUUGUGUAAUAUUGGUCGGUUGGAUAUAAUACAUUGCUUGAGGAAAGGCAAUCACGAAUUCUCGUCUAUCACUGUCAGAUAGAUGGAGAUGGCAACGCUCUUUUCAACCAUAAAUAAUUCGGACCGAGGCGGCUGGUCUACUGGGAGCCGACA